AUGAAUCUCACUGAAAAUGACUUUAUUCCGUACCGCUGCUUCAAUCACAAUGAUCGCCAUCUCACAGUAUUGGGCAUGCAUCUCAAAGAGUUCAACCAGUCGGUUUUGCAAUUUAAGAUGAAUGGUAUUAAUCUCGUCGAUUUGGAUAUUCAUUCAGGGCACAGAACAUUUGCGAUCAACGCGCCCAUCAACAGAACGAUGGUUCGUCACAACGACUCGCAAAUCUUCCAAUACAAGAUUGACCGGUGCAACUUUCGGAUGGAAUGUUCAAAUUAUUACGACAAAAGAAAGGACGAGCUCAACCUGUGCGUGUACACGCGCCGAAAGCUCGAAGUGAUCCAGCCCUUUCUCAAUUUCUAUCAAGUCUUUGCAGACCGGAUAUUUGUCUACAAUAACGAGCGAAAGCACGCCGAAACCUUCCAUCCCCUUGAAUCGCACCCCAAACAAUUCAAGGUCAUUCCGUGGUACCUCGAUGAACUUCGGGACCUUAACAUAUCCUCGUCAGUGUACGACGAACUCGUUGCCCACAACUAUCGCAACUACUCACGCGAUGCACAAAAGGUUCAGACAAAUGAUUGUAUGUACAAGAACAGGAACACCAACAUGGUUCUUAUGGUUGAUGAUGAUGAAUAUCUCAACUUUUUGAACCGCAACUUUUAUCGCCAGAUUUACGAAGAAGUCAAGGACGACUAUGACGACAUUGUGAUGUAUAGAAACUUUUGCAACACGACAAUCGUUGCCGAGACUCGCCUCAGCGCUGUGUUUGCAAAAAGUUCUGCCCAAUGUCCAAUGGACAAGCGACCGCGGCUGGAAAAGGCCUUUGUUCUACCAAAGAAUUGCCGCUUGUACGAGAUCCACAGAUGCACGAGCAAGAACUCGUACAGUCUUCGGCAUCUCAAUAUUUAUCUCGCCCAUGCUUCCUACCGAUGAAGGAAAACUGACACUGUUGCAAGAAAAGGACAAGCAGAGGUUGUUAUUGAACAGUAAGAAACAGAAUAUAAUAUUUUU